AAAAAAAAAAGGAGAGAUGGAUGAAGCAAACGGGUUAAAUAGAUGGGAAGGUUAUUUAGACUGGAAGAAUAGGCCUGCUCUUCGCGGCCGUCAUGGCGGCAUGCUUGCAGCUUCCUUUGUCUUAGCUGUGGAAGUACUAGAGAAUCUAGCAUACCUGGCAAAUGCAAGUAACCUUGUGCUGUACUUGUCAAAGUUCAUGCAUUUUUCUCCAUCCAGCUCUGCCAACAUUGUCACCAAUUUCAUGGGGACAGCCUUUCUACUUGCUUUACUUGGUGGAUUUUUGUCAGAUGCUUUUUUCUCCACAUACCGCAUCUAUUUGAUAAGUGCUACAAUAGAAUUCAUGGGCCUCUUAGUACUCACAGUCCAAGCUCGCCUUCCCUCAUUGAAACCAGAACCAUGUGUUCCAGCAAACAGCAUUACCUCAUCAUGUGAACAGGUUGGCCGGAGCAAAGCAGUGAUGUUAUUUGCAGGUCUCUAUCUAGUGGCACUAGGUGUUGGAGGGAUAAAAGGUUCACUUCCACCACAUGGAGCUGAGCAGUUUGAUGAAAGUACUCCACAAGGAAGAAAGCAAAGAUCAGCAUUCUUUAAUUACUAUGUUUUCUGCCUUUCUUUUGGGGCGCUUAUUGCAGUCACUCUUGUGGUAUGGAUUGAAGACAACAAAGGCUGGCAAUGGGGUUUUGGGAUUUCCACUGCGACAAUACUUCUAUCCAUCCCAAUCUUCCUCCUUGGAUCUCCAACUUACAGGAACAAAGUUCCAGCAGGAAGCCCUAUUACAACCAUGUUCAAGGUUGUAGUUGCAGCAAUUUACAACACUUGCAAAACCGGAAAUUCUAGCAACGCUGUUAUGGGUAUGGACACAAGUUCAUCAUAUAACACUGAAGCCAGUGAGGGAGAAGAUGCUCAUAUUAAAAAGGAAGAAACAAAUCAAACACAAGCAGAAAGCCUCAAAUUUCUUAAUAGAGCACUAAUGAACAAGUCAAUAAACCCAAUGCUGCUUCAGUGCACAGUAAAAGAUGUAGAAGAAGUUAAGAUAGUACUAAGAAUACUUCCCAUCUUUAUGUCUACCAUAAUGUUAAAUUGCUGCCUCGCUCAGCUCUCUACUUUUUCUGUGCAACAAGCAUCAACAAUGGAUACCGAGCUUGGUUCUCUUAAAAUGCCGCCAGCAUCUCUCCCCUUCUUUCCUGUAAUCUUCAUCAUGAUCCUAGCACCAAUCUAUAGCCAUAUUAUAAUUCCAUUUGCAAGAAAGGUAACAAGAUCUGAAAUGGGUAUUACUCAUUUACAAAGAAUAGGUACAGGGCUAGUUCUUUCGAUUAUAGCAAUGGCAGUAGCAGCUCUAGUGGAAACCAAGAGAAAGAAAGUAGCUAUAAAUUCUGGACUAAUAGAUUCUGUUGAACCUUUACCAAUAACGUUCCUUUGGAUAGCAAUACAGUACUUAUUCCUUGGAUCAGCUGAUCUUUUUACCUUAGCUGGAAUGAUGGAGUUGUUCUUCACUGAGGCACCUCUGAGCAUGAGAUCUUUGGCUACAUCUCUAUCUUGGGCUUCACUUGCGAUGGGAUAUUACUUAAGUUCUGUGCUUGUGUCAAUGGUCAAUGCUGUGACUAGUGCCUACGGCCACACUCCAUGGCUAUUUGGAAGUAACUUGAACAAUUAUCACCUCGAGCGAUUUUAUUGGUUCAUGUGCAUAAUGAGUGGAAUAAAUUUCUUGCAUUAUCUCUUCUGGGCUUGCCGCUACAAAUAUAAAUGAAUCAAAUUGCAGAUUCUACAAGUCAGUGGAGAGAUGUACUUGUCUUGCCCUAUAUACACAGAGAGACUCAUUAUUGUAUCAGUUCUCUCAUUGUAUAAUUUAUGAUUCCUAAUUAUACAGUUUUAAUUAGAAUAUAUGAUUACAAAUGAAAUUUGCCUGCAUAAUACAA